GAUAGAUUACGAUCUAUGGUAGUUACCGAGGUUCCAAAACUUGCUUCUGCCGUUGAAUAUUUCUUCAAGAUGGGUGUGGAAGGAAAGAGGUUUAGACCUACUGUUCUGUUGUUGAUGGCAACAGCUUUGAACAUUCAAAUACCUCAACAAACUUCUAACGUAAUUGGCGAUGCUACAUUAAUAGAACUACGUGAGAGACAACAACGUGUUGCUGAGAUCAUGGAAAUGAUACAUGUGGCAAGUCUUUUGCAUGAUGAUGUAUUGGAUAAUUCUGAGACAAGGCGUGGUAUUGGAUCCUUAAACAUUGUAAUGGGGAACAAGUUAUCUGUUUUAGCUGGAGACUUCUUGUUAUCAAGAGCAUGUGUGGCACUUGCUUCUUUGAAUAACAAUGAGGUUGUCUCUAUAAUAUCGGCCGUUCUAGAGCAUUUGGUCACCGGUGAGAUCAUGCAAUUGACAACCACAUCUGAUCAACGUUGUAGCAUGGAAUAUUAUAUGGAAAAAACAUACUACAAGACUGCAUCACUUAUUUCAAACAGCUGCAAGGCAAUUGCCCUUCUUGCUGGACAAUCUACACAAGUUUCCACUCUGGCUUUUGAGUAUGGUAAAAAUCUGGGAUUGGCAUUUCAGUUGAUCGAUGAUGUUCUUGAUUUCACAGGAACAUCAACUUCCCUUGGAAAAGGUUCUUUGUCAGACAUUCAUCAAGGAAUUGUGACAGCUCCAAUACUAUUUGCUAUAGAAGAGUUUCCUCAGCUACAUGAAAUUGUCUCAAGGGGACUUGAAAAUCCUGCAGAUAUUGAGCUUGCUCUUGAAUACCUUGGAAAGAGUAGAGGAAUUCAAAGAACAAUAGAAUUAGCGAAGAAUCACGCAGUUCUCGCUUCGGCUGCAAUAGAUUCCUUUCCAGAGAGUAGUGAUGAAGAUGUGUUGAGAUCGAGGCGGGCACUCGUAGAUCUUACUCACAUAGUCAUUACGAGAACCAAGUGAAUGGAGUUC